AAAACAAACAAAGCAAUCGUCUCCGAUAUAAAUAAAAACGCGACCGUCUAUAUUUCUGGGUAGUUCACAAAAUAAGCGGAUAACGGGUACGCUUCUUCGCUUUAAAUCAUCUUCCCCGAUUCCAAAUCCUCGAUUAGUGUUUCAUCGCUUUCCUUUUGUUUCCCAAUCCUAAUCCGUGAACGAUGGAUUCUACUACUGCACUCGUCGUCAAGGUGAGUUAUGGAGGUGUGCUUAGGCGCUUCAGGGUGCCUUUCAAAGCCAAUGGACAGCUUGAUCUGGACAUGGCUGCUCUUAGGGGAAAGAUCGCUGCUUUGUUUAACCUCCCUCUGGAUGCUGAGUUCUCUCUGACUUACUCUGAUGAAGAUGGGGAUGUGGUGGCCCUUGUUGAUGACAACGACCUCUCUGAUGUCACGAAUCAGCGUCUUAAGUUCUUGAAGAUUACUGUGCAGUCGAACGGUGGUGUGCCUGUUAACUCUUUUGCUUCAGAUAGCAGUGGGAGUUCAUCCGCCUCGGUUAUGCCUGAUAACCAGAACCCGGUUUCUAAGAUCCAGAAGGGUUUCAAUGAUGUUAUGAUGGCUGUGCCGAACCCCAUGCGUGAUACCAUUUCCAAGGUGUAUAUUGACCUUACAUCUAAAGCGGCAUCUUCUAGCCCUGUGGUUGGUGAGCUGUUUGAUUGCAUCAACAAGCUCGGGAAGCUCUCAAGUCCUCAGGAAAGUAGCCCUUGCUCUCCUGUUGCUAAGCCUGGCUCGUCAGGUCCUUCUUUGAGCAGGGAGGUUCCUUCCACUGAUGAAAAGAAGGAUGCAUCUAAGAAGACCCAAGCUGGUAAAAAACCUGCGAAUUUGAAAGAACCUGUUGCUGACUCAACCUCCUGUGGACUUGGUGCUAGUUUCAACGAGUGUCCCUUCAGUGGCAGUACCGUGAUCGAUUCCACUCCAAAUCCAACGAGCCACAACAAGCAUGCCCGUCGUGUAUGUCACUCCAAAAAGACCAACAAUGGUGAUUACUGGGCCUCACUGGGUGUCUUCCAUAAGGGCAUCCGUUGUGAUGGAUGUGGCGUUCUUCCAAUAACUGGGCCUAGAUUCAAGUCUAAAGUCAAAGAAGACUAUGAUCUUUGCACCAUCUGCUUUUCCGUGAUGGGCAAUGAAGGGGAUUACACAAGAAUGGAUAAGCCCGUCUCAGCUCAACAGCUACAUCCCUUUAGAGGACUACCUACCCCAUUUUCAAACCCUUGGUUGGGACAUGUGCCGCGACCACACCACGGAGGUUUACAUUUCAGGUGUACUCGGCCUAAACUAGACAGUCGCUUUGUCCUUGAUGUCAAUGUACUUGAUGGAACCGUUGUUGCUCCAUCUGCUCCAUUCACCAAGAUCUGGAAAAUGAGGAACAACGGUUCGCUGGUGUGGCCGCAUGGCACGCAGAUCGUUUGGAUCGGUGGUGACAGAUUCAGCAGCUCUUUGUCAGUUGAUUUACAGAUUCCAGUGGAGGGUGUGCCUAUCAACAGUGAGCUUGACGUGAAAGUUGAAUUUGUUGCACCAGAGUCACCUGGUCGAUACAUUUCUUAUUGGAGGAUGGCUUCCUCUAAUGGUCUUAAGUUUGGGCAACGUGUUUGGGUGUUGAUACAUGUUGAUGCAUCCUUGAAGAGCUCUGUUGAGAACGAGUUUCAUGGACUGAACUUGAAUGCCUCUCCUGAAGAAAAUUUUGCAAGAGAAUUUUCAGGGAUCAAUGUGAAUCAUGUUCCAGCUCAGCCUUGCAGCCCCAGUGUUAACCCUGGGAUAGUGAAAGGUGCUGAUGUUGAACCAGAAGCUUCUUCGGGAUCAAACAUUCCGAUGAAAGAUGACCUGUUUGUUGGUGAAGUUGAGCCUGUUGUUCCUAACACUCUUACUCCAUCUUCAUCUUCGUCUUCGUCAUCAUUCAACAUAAUCGAGUUCCCAAAUAAGCCUACUACCGUUGAGGCGUUGGGUGGCGGUUCCUCAUCUGCAAAGAACAUCCCAGUUCCUCUACAAGAGGAUAUUGAGAAGAACGACGUCGAGAUAACCAUGCUCAAGGAGCUGGAGGAGAUGGGUUUUAAAGAGAUUGAUCUGAACAAGGAGAUCCUGAGGGACAACGAGUACAACUUGGAGCAGUCUGUUGACGCUCUCUGUGGAGUUAGCGAGUGGGAUCCUAUCCUAGAGGAGCUUCAGGAAAUGGGGUUCUGUGAUGAUGUGACGAACAAGAGGCUGCUGAAGAAGAACAAUGGAAGCAUUAAAGGCGUGGUGAUGGAUCUCCUCACUGGGGAGAAGGAGAAGGAGGCUUAGUGUGGCCGUUUGAUUCUGGGAGAACUUCUAUCUAUCAGGACAAGGUUAUGUUUUAUAAAUAAUAAAACCUGAUGAUGAUGUUGUGUGGUUUCGAACUCGGUGUGUUCCUUUGCUUCUUUCUUUCGUGUUGGAUGGAUGAUAUGAUGUUACUACUAUCUUAAAUAAGUAUAAAGACUUUAUGCUUUCAAUCUUCUUAUUUUGAAUGCAACCAAGUCUUUUUUUUUUUA